GGAAAACAGCAAAUCAAUGCAAUGAGCUUCAGCGCUGGUUCUCACUAAAAGAAUCUUCUCCGUCGAGUAUCUGGUGAACUGGUCAUAGUGCAACACUGCAGCCGGAGAUGUGGACUGUUUACCAAUCAUGAAGUUCCAAGUUUGUAAACGACAGGCCUUUACUAGACUCCCAAAAUGUGCCUGGAUUUUCCUUUUCUUCACUCUUUUUUUCCUGGUGUUAUUUAUCACGAACACCCUGGAGUUUCAGAAUAAAAUGAAGACCAUCAGCAUAUUCUCAAGGCCUGCCGCUGUUACCCUGUCUACUGACAUGCAUUAUGACUUCUGCAAGUUAAAACCGCUGUCCCCUAAGGAGGCUCAAGAAGAAGACCUCCUGCUAGAGUCUAUUACUUGGCCUGAAACGCCACCUUUAUCAUUUCCUCUUUCUCUGGAAAAGACCAGUGAUCCAGACCACAGCACCUUCACCAUUCUUCCAAAGAGGGGAGGGGGCCAGUGGCGAAUAGGAGAUAAGCUGGAGGUUAUGAUUAACAUGAAGGACUUUCAGGGCCGUCCAAAAAAGUUUGGAGGAGACGUUUUACUUGCCCGGCUGCACAGCCCAACUAUCGGUGCGGGUGUUGCAGGAGAAGUGGUGGAUCAUCUCAAUGGCUCCUACACAGCUGUAUUCUUUUUACUCUGGAAAGGAAGUGCACAAGUCCAGGUGACACUGGUUCACCCCAGUGAGGCAGUCAUGGAGCUGCGCAGGCUGAACAGAGAACACCCUGACAGGAUUUUCUUUAAGAGCGUCUUCCAGUCAGGCUCAGUCACUGAAACUACCACCUGUAACAUAUGUUUGCGUCCAACCCAGAAGUCUCUGUGCAACUACACUGACCUCCAUACAGGCGAGCCCUGGUUCUGCUACAAGCCAGAUAACCUGAGUUGUGAUGCCAGAAUGAAUUACUUCAAUGGAGGAUAUCAACAAAGCAUCACAACCAUGGAGAAGCUUUUUAAGAGUGGCGUCAACUUGAAAGUCUCCAUUCGAGCUUCAGGACCUGCAGGUGUCACCAUUUUUCCAAGAAUGAAAGGACAGUCAGAGGAGAAGAGCAGCAGUGAGGAGUCUGGACCCUCGGGCUAUUACUACCAAGAUGUUUGGCGAGGACUAGGUGGCACAAAAAUUCAUCAGUUCAACACUUCCUCGGCCAUCACUCAGUGCCUGAAAGGCAAGGUGGUUCAUAUGUAUGGAGACUCCACCAUUAGGCAGUGGUUUGAACACCUUACAGCAACACUACCAGAUCUCAAGGAGUUUGACCUGAAUAGUGAGAAACAAGCUGGACCUUUCAUGGCCCUGAACUUUACACACAACAUCAUGGUGAAGUACCGCUGCCACGGUCCUCCUCUCCGGAGCACUACUGUCCCAGCCAUUGAGAUGCAUUAUAUUGCCAACGAGUUAGACAACAUGGUUGGAGGCAGCAAAACCGUUGUAGUACUUGGAAUCUGGGCACACUUUGCCACUUUUCCCUUGGAGUUCUACAUCCGGCGGAUGUUGUCCAUCCGCAGGGCAGUGGUGCGGCUGCUGUCCAGGGCUCCAGACACACUGGUGGUUAUUCGGACCGGAAACCCCAAAUCUUUAACAUGUUUCCUUCACUCAUCCACUAACAGUGACUGGUACACGCUGCAGCAACUCAAAGUGCUCAAGGCCAUAUUCAAAGGACUGAAUGUCCAUCUGGUGAAUGCCUGGGAGAUGGUCAUUGCCCACCACCUGCCCCAAGAACUCCACCCACAACCUCCCAUUAUUAAGAACAUGAUUAAUGUUCUCCUGUCGUACAUAUGCCCUGAAAAGGAUGGUUAGAUGUGUGUGUGUGUGUGUGUGUGGGGGGGGGUUAGCAGUCUGUGCACACACAUUUAUUUACCAUCUAUUUGAAUUAAAUUAACUACAGUAAACAGCAAAAGUAACUAUUAUAAAUGUUCAUAGUAGCCCCAGAGAAAGCUUGUAACCAUCUUAAUCAGCCUCAUUGGUUCCACUCUCUGCAUACAGUACAUUUAAUCCAUUUUUCAUUUUUAAUAAUAGUCCCUAUUUGAUUUGUUAAAUAAUGUUGUUUCCCACUGCAUCACCUAAGAAACCAAAGCUGAUUUGUACUUUAAACAUGGUCAGCAUAAACACAGGAAGUUAAAGGGACAAAAACAAAGGUUAGCACAAAAUUUCACUCCCAGCGUGAAAUGCCUUUCAGGUUUCAUCUGAAUCUGUAAAUACUGUAUUUAGGGGCAGUUAUGUUUUGGGACAUGUUUACAUGCAUCUGUGUUAUUCUGUCUGUAAACAUGGUUUUGAAUUAAUUCUGAUAAAACUACGUAGGCGUGUAGGAUUGGGAUUGUGUUAACAAUCCAUUAGAAUUUGGUUUAUACAUAUUUAAGGUGAACUCGAGAUGUGUUACUGUAUAUCUUCACAGAAAGAGAAUGAGCCGCCUAGUUAGCAGUGGUAAAUGGUAAAGAGCCUGUAUUUAUAUAGCACUUUACUAGUCCCUAAGGACCCCAAAGCGCUUUACACAUCCAGUCAUCCACCC